CCGGGGGGCAAGAUAUCACCGUGAUAGAGCUGCAAGGUCGCGAGACAGGGGGAGACGGUUAGCACAAGCCAGGGAUACGCCUAACUGCCUUCCGGACUCCAUUUUCAAUCCCGUGAGGAUGUCCCCUGCGCCCGAGAGGUUAAUUGAAUCAAUCCGACUGGCCUCGGAUGGAGACGAGAUUGGAGCAGUGGGCCUGGGGUGUGCGCUACUGCGACGAAGUGUAAAACAAUGCGCCCCGUUGUGCUCCGCGGUUUCUGAUGUCCGUGCGAUAACGCGUGUGAGGGUUAUUUGCUCUGAUUUCCCCAAACAUCAUUAACCGCACGUUAGUAGCAGAUAGAUAGUGGACAAAGCACCCAGCAGCAGUAGCGGAGUGCAGAUUAUUGCGAGUGAGAACCCGCGUUGCCCACGGUUUUCGCUUUUCUUCUGGUGGUGUGGUGCGUUUCGCGGUAUGAGUCAUUGUUUUGAUGAUGGUUGGAGAUGUAUAAUUUCCUGAUCACGACCAGCCUCCACUUCCAUUAGUCAAUCGGAACCCCGCCACCAUACAGCAUGCAUUCGUUGAUAUCCGUUUUUGAUUGCUUCGAUGCGCUGACUGUAGCAGAAUGACGCGCGUGAAGGUACUGUACGACUUCCACGGUGAGCCCAACUCAUCGGAGAUAUCGAUUGCGGUGGAUGAAAUAUUGACUGUCACCAACACGGAUGUCGGCGAAGGAUGGUGGGAGGGUAUGAACUCACGCGGACAGCGCGGUCUGUUCCCAGCAGCAUACGUAGAGACGAUAGCAGACACCGUUCCUACCCCAUCGGCUCCAAUCAUACCAUCAGCAGUCAGCGCAUCCGCCGUUACUAAAUCCUCGUCACAGCAGGCCGUAGGAGGCAAUCGUUACGAUCAGGCGGCCGACGGUUGGGGUGAUUAUCAGGACGAUUGGUCGGAAGAUGAUGAUGAAAAUGAAACAUACUCGGAGAUUGGACCCGGUUCGGGAGGAGCAGCUAGUGCCGCAAACGCCACCAGAGGUGCCAACGGUGCUGGCGGUGGCUAUCAACAGCAGCAGCAGCAGCAGCAGCAGCAGCACCCGCACAGUUACUAUGCCGGAAGCAGCAACCUACCAGCACCGCCGAUAGGCGAUGGUGACAAUAUGUCGCUUGCCUCGACCGCCACAACCGUGGCCGGUGGCCGAAGGGCAGGCGGAGCGAAGAUAUUCACCAAAUCCGGUGACACGUAUCUACUGGGACUACCCGUACCGGACGUGUCCGAGUCGGAUCGGGUACACGUACUGGCGAUGGAGCACGGUAUCGUGUGGAAACCGAUGCGCGAUCCGUACACCGUCACGGUCGACUCACCGAAGAAGGAGAAGAAGUUUAAUGGCCUGAAAAGCUUCAUCGCUUACCAGCUGACACCGUCGUUCACCAACAUUCCGGUCGCCCGUCGUUACAAGCACUUCGAUUGGUUGCACGAGCGGCUGGUGUCCAAGUUUUGUCUGAUUCCGAUACCGCCGCUACCGGACAAGCAGAUUUCGGGCCGGUACGAUGAAGAAUUCGUCGAGCAUCGGCGCGUUCAGCUGCAGGAGUUUGUCGAUUGGGUGUGCCGCCAUCCGAUACUGUCGGUGUGCGGUGUCUGGAUGCACUUCCUGACCUGUACCGACGAUAAGAAGUGGAAGACGGGCAAGCGGACGGCCGAGAAGGAUCCGCUCGUCGGUACAAUGUUCUGUGCCGCAAUCUUUCCACCCGAGAAGACGCUUCUGCCGUCCCAGGUUGAUCCGCAGGUGGAAGCCGCCAGCUCGUUUGUGCCACAGAUGGAUGCGGCCGUGAGGACACUGUUUGCGAUCUGUGGCGAUCAGUCGAAGAAGUUCCAGGUGCAGUGGAAGAAGGAGUAUCAGCGUAUCGGGGAAGGGUUCUCCGAGCUGGCCCGUGCGCUCGGUGUCGACGAACGGCGUGCGGUGACGCAGAUUAGUCUCGCGAACUCGGUCGGCCAGGCGGCCGGUGUGUUUAUCUGCAUUGGCCAGCUGUUUGGUGAGCAACCGAAGCACGAUUUUAUUCCAUUCUCCGAUCGGUUACACAUCUACCGUGGACUGCUGGGCGAGUGGCCCGACACGCUCAGCGAGUACCGGAAUGCGGUCCAGAAGCGCAAGGACUGUGAGCGGUUGACGGCGGAACAGAAGAUGGAGAAUGGACAGCUGCAGGAGGUGAACCGACGGGUGGACGUCAUGUCCUAUGGGCUGCUGGCCGAGAUGUCACACUUUCGCGAGGAGCGCGAUACACACCUGAAGGACACGAUAAGACAAUUCAUCGGCGCACAGAUCGAGUUCUACAAGUCAAUCGUACAGAAGCUGGAACAAGCUCAGGGUUAUUUCUAGGCGAGGUGAGCGGAAUGGUGAUGAUGAUGAUGAUGAUGAUAAUGGUGUGUGACUUGCGAGAACAAACGAAAGGAAGAACGGGAGCGGAAUGUGCCUUUAAAGUGUAGCACGAGACCAAAACCAAGACGACGGAUGCGUGUGUGGGUAGGGAACUGAAAUGCCUAAGGAAGAGCAAAACAGAGGGGGAGACAAAGAGGGAGAGGAUACGUUAUUCCAAGGGCACAGGGCUGAUAAUGAUUACGUUCCUUGCCAUGGUGGUCUACUGUGUAACUAUCGCUUGAUUCUGUAUCUAUUACCUUUUUCUAAUAUUGUAAAAAUCUUUUUGGUGCACUUUAUGAAGCAUCUUUAGCCACCGGAACCACGUGGGUUGUUUUUAUAACCAUUUUUCUCCCCCCCCCAGAAUAAUCUAGUUAGAGCGAAACGGCACGUAAAGGGCACGUGCGUUGAGUGUAGUGCAAACAUGUUAAGGAAUACAUAUUAUGAUAGCCUAGACAUUAGGUUUGCUCUUUUCAUUCUUCUUACUUUAAUUAUUCUUUUGUUAAAGAAAGGGCAUAGCCGUAUUAAUGCUAAGCCUAAAUUUUAACCAUUGUUUUUAGAUUCCCGUUUUUGUGGCUGUUCGUCACGUGCGCGACCAUUGCACGCGGUUCUGUGUAUCAUACUGGCGUCGUUUGUAAUUGCUUGCCAAGGAAUAAUUUAAUCUGGUUGCCCUUUGCACGCUACCUACGGUUUGCUGCGCUUUUACUUUUAGUAAGAGAUGAGGCUCAUUCCAACUCACUUUGAUAAUUUCUUUUUCUUAACAUGGAAACAUGUAUUCGCGCAUGCAGCAUACAAGAAAGGGCGUGAGAGGGAAGAAGAGGCGCCCAGUAACUUUAAUUAAAAAUUGAACAAAGCAAUCACUAGCGUAACCACAGCAACACACAACAGAAACUCUGAUAAGGCAAAGUUUUCUAUUGUGCUUGCCUAGGUAUCGUGCUAGGGAAAGGCAUCACAUGUAAGUGCAGCCUAGUAGUAAACCUUGAAAAUAUAACAAACGAGGGCUUCUGUUGGGCAAAGUGAUAGUUCGGAUGUAGUAUGAACAUUAUUGGCGACUAUUCAGGUUCAAGGAAAUACGGCAGUGACGGCGACGGCACCGGUGGGUAUGGGUGGCCUAGUUGUGGAUAUCUUUCAUACCAAGAUUCAAUAA